UUUCUAGCAGUGUACUGAAGGUGUUUUGAGAAUUUGUCCACUUUGUCAAAGUCUAUUUUGAUUGACUUAAAGUGAAAAACUCACGUUUUUUCUUGUUAAAUUGUGUAAAUAUUCUCAAAAUGCUUCACUAAACUGAGAGAGUGCUGAAGAAAUUAUUCUGCAAUGAAUACAAUGGGUGUUAUUGUAUCUGGGCGUUUGCCUCAAACGGACUUUCAGCAAGUCGGACAGUCUCAGUUCCUCUUCAACAUUGCCGAUGCUGACAAUCUCAAUCACAUCGUUGUCUUUCUCACGGGAACUGUUGCACUUCCGGACGGCAUGGCUGGAGCAGUUUACUUCAGCUGGCCAGAUCCCAGUGCACCACCAAAUUGGCAAUAUUUGGGUCACAUAUCCAAUUCCAAGCCAUCGGCAAUCUUCAAGAUCUCACAACUGAAGAAGCUCAAUGAGAUGCAGGACAAUCCCACAAGCAAUAUCUUUGGUUCCCAGCCGAUAUCACAUAUUGCCCAAAUUGGUAUUUCCAUCGAGCCGGAAGCUAAUAUCAUGCAGCAGACACCAUCGACAAGUGCCACUUCCUAUCUUCAAUUUGGACAGAAGAUGCUGGAGAAUUUCUUCAAUUUUGCCUCAAGUUUUGCUGUGACACAAGCCCAAAUGGUCCCAAAUCCCACAGAGACCUUUGUGCCUCUCUCCACCCUCCAGACUUGGUACACAAACUUCCAGCGGCGUCUGCAGCAGAAUCCCAAUUUCUGGAAGUCAUAGUGAGGUCAUCUGUAAGUCAAGCCAACUUCCUCCCAUUUAUUUAUUUAUUAAUUGCUGAAAAAUUAAAAAUGCUGAGUCAAAGAGCCAGAAAACAAAA